CAAACUACCCCAAAAAAGACAAAAACGCGUUUAAAGUUUCAAUCUUUUCUUCCUCAAUUCGGUUCUUCACCCUUUUUGUUUUGAUCUUUCUUCCGUUAAAAAUUAUUAAUUUCGUUUUUGAGUUAAAAAAAUCAUGAGCAAACCCGACCCGGAUCCGAAACCGCCUUCAGGAUCUUCCUCCUCCGAGAAGGAUCCCGUCGUUGCCGAUCACGUUACGGAGGAGCUAAGUGAUGAUCUCAGGAAUGUGCGUUUGUCGGAAGAAGAAGAAGCUAACGAGGAGAUGAGUGUGCAGAUUAGUGUCUCUGAAGGAGGCGAUGGAGAAACGGAUCAGAAGAGAAUGAUGAUGAUGGUUUAUCCAGUGAGACCUGAUGCAGAGGAUUGCUCUUUUUAUAUCAGAACAGGGAGCUGUAAAUAUGGAUCCAGUUGCAAGUUUAAUCAUCCUGUCCGAAGGAAGCUCCAAAUUGGUAGGGAAAAAGUGAGGGAAAGGGAGAGGGAAGAGGAUGUGGAGAAUCCGAGGCUCAUGGAGUGCAAGUACUACUUCAGGACCGGAGGGUGCAAAUAUGGAGACACUUGUAGAUUCAGCCACACUAAAGAACACACUUCUCUGCCUUCACGUCCAGAGCUUAACUUCCUCGGUCUUCCUAUCAGACCGGGAGAGAAAGAAUGCCCUUUCUACAUGCGAAACGGUUCCUGCAAGUUUGGAAGUGACUGCAAAUUUAAUCAUCCUGAUCCUACCGCUGUUGGAGGAGUUGAAUCUUCUAUGUUCCGUGGUAACAAUGGUGGAUCAUUUGCCCCAAAGGAUGCGCCUCAAGCAAGUUCAACUUCUUGGUCUUCAUCUAGACACAUGAAUGGUACUGGUACUGCUCCUUUUAUUCCAGUCAUGUACUCACAGAACCGUGGAGCUUCACCUCAAACUCCAGAGUGGAGUGGAUAUCAUCAGGCGCCUUCUGCCUAUCCACCAGAGAGGAGUGUGCUUCCUCCUACCACAUACUCGGCUAACAAUUCAUUGGCUGCAACUAGUUCAUUCUCACAAUUGUCUGCUGAGGAAUUCCCAGAGCGUCCAGAUCAACCAGAGUGCAGUUAUUAUGUUAAAACUGGGGACUGUAAGUUCAAAUACAAAUGCAAAUACCACCAUCCCAAAAAUAGAUUGCCGAAGCAAUCUCCAUCCUCUUUCAAUGACAAGGGCUUACCCCUAAGACCUGAUCAAAGCAUGUGCACACACUUCAGCCGCUAUGGCAUCUGCAAAUUUGGUCCAGCUUGUAGAUUCGAUCAUUCUAUACCGCCUACAUUCUCUUCCAGCAGCUCCCAAACCGUGGAAACUCCUCAAGUCCCCGGCAACGGAAAUGAAAACGACGGCUGGAACUGACACGUGACACGACAUGUUCAGAAGCCUGCGUAAGAGGAUAGUUUCUGUCUUUUUUAUCAGGCUUUUUUCAGUUCUUAGGAUCAAAACUCUGUUUUCUGGUUUGGAGUUUUAUAAAGAAAACAUUUAGGUAAGUUAUAGUCUCCAAACUAUUAUCUAUCUGGCAAGUCAGUCUUGUUUUUUCGUGAUUUUCGCUAAAUAAUUUUUGUUCUCUGGCUUUAACUGUAACUAGCUACGUUUCGAACUCUAAGGUUCGGUCUAAUGGAAGCCUGUCCACGUUAUGCUUUGUUCUUCUUCCGUUGGUUUUCAUAUCUGAA